UCUUUCUCGUUUUGUCACUCAAAAACCUCUUCAAAACCCCAACGAACAGCUCCCUCCUCCUCCUUCUCCUUCUCCUCUCACUCCAAAACCAUCACAUUCAGACCACACCUGCGUUUUCAUUCAAUACAGACAGAGAGCGCAAAAAGCAAAAAGCAAAAAGCAAAAGCAAAGAUGUCACAACAAAAGCAAGAAGACAAGGAGCCGCCCUUUGUUCCCCAGUAUUUCGGAACACAGCAGCCGAAACGGAACGUGAAGCCGAGGCCGAUGCCGGCUCCGGAGGACCUCGAGCCGCUACGGGAGCUGUUCCGCCACCAAAUCGAGUCGUUCGAUUACAUGGCGGACGCGGGUCUCUCGAUCCUCUUCGACAGCAUCAAGCCCGUCCAGAUUCACGACUCCUUCUCCAACCGCAACCUCAAGAUCUCCUUCGAGAACCCCAAGCUGUUCCCUCCAAUGAAGGACCGGUCGUCCUCGUCCUCGGCUCUGUCCUCUUCCAAGUCCACGUUUCGCGAGUUCCUGUACCCUUACGAAUGCAGGCAGUUCAAGAGCUCGUAUACCGGGGCGUUGAUGGCGGAGGUUUGCUUUCAGUACGACGACGGACCUGUCAUUAGAGAGCGGUUCAAUUUCGGACAGUUUCCAAUCAUGCUCAAGUCAAAGUAUUGUCAUUUGAGAGGUGCAGAUCCCCAGAAACUAGUCUCUUGCAAAGAAGAACCAUCAGAAAUGGGCGGAUACUUCAUCUUGAAUGGUCUUGAAAGAGUGGUUCGACUCUUAAUAUUGCCAAAGCGGAAUUAUCCAAUGAGUAUGGUGCGGAAUUCAUUUAGUGAUCGCAGAGAAGGAUAUACCGAUAAAGCAGUUGUCAUAAGGUGUGAAAGAAAAAAUCAGUCUUCAGUAUCAGUCAAAUUGUAUUACCUUCGUAACGGAAGUGCAAGACUUGGAUUUUGGAUACAAGGGAGGGAGUACUUGCUUCCUGUAGGCGUUGUUCUAAAGGCUCUUGUUGACACGACUGAUCAUGAAAUUUAUGUGAGUUUGACGUGCUGCUAUAGUGAGCGAGAUGAGAUGGAAAAGGGUGCUGUUGGCACUCAGCUUAUGGGUGAAAGGGCAAAAAUUAUUCUUGAUGAAGUUCGUGAUCUGUCUCUUUUCACUCGUCUUCAAUGUCUAGAGCAUAUUGGAGAGCAUUUCCAACCUGUUAUGGAGGGACUGGAAACCAAAAAUUAUUCUGAUGUUGCUGAUUCUGUUCUUGAAGACUACAUAUUUGUUCACCUUGAUAACAAUUAUGACAAGUUCAAUCUGCUCAUCUUUAUGCUGCAGAAACUUUUCUCACUUAUAGAUCAGACAUCUGUACCAGACAACUCAGACUCCUUGCAGAAUCAGGAAGUCUUACUCCCCGGUCAUCUGAUUACCAUUUAUCUCAAGGAAAAGCUAGAAGAUUGGCUGCGCAAGGCAAAAAAGUCUCUUCAAGAUGAGAUCAAUAAAAAGAGCAACAUCAACAACAAGGGCAGCAACAACAAGAACAAAAGUUUUGAUUUUUGCAGCUUAGCUGAUGUCAAGAAGAUUUUGGAUAAAAAUCCUGUGAAGCAAAUCAGUUCUUCUGUUGAAAACUUGUUAAAAACUGGAAGACUGAUUACACAAACAGGUCUAGAUUUGCAGCAGAGGGCAGGCUUUACGGUUCAGGCAGAAAGGCUUAAUUUCUUACGUUUUAUUUCGCAUUUUCGUGCUGUUCAUCGAGGGGCUUCAUUUGCUGGACUUCGCACCACAACUGUGCGGAAGUUGCUACCUGAAUCUUGGGGUUUUCUUUGCCCCGUGCACACACCUGAUGGGGAGCCAUGUGGCUUGCUGAAUCAUAUGACUAGCAACUGUCGAAUUACAUCUUUCUUUGAUUCUCAAGGAAAUAUCAGAGAUUUUAAGAAAAUAAGAAAGACUAUUCUCAGUGUUUUGAUUGCGGUUGGAAUGACACCUUCACUGCCAAAGCUAGUUCAAGCUGGCCCUCCCGAAGUUCUUUCUGUCCUUUUAGAUGGUCGUGUUGUUGGUUCUUUACCUUCCUCUAUGGUUGAGAAAGUUGUGGGUCACUUACGGAGAUUAAAAGUUUCAGCUAAUUCAAUGAUUGCAAAUGAUCUGGAGGUAGGAUAUGUUCCAUUGAGUCUAGGUGGAGCAUACCCUGGUUUGUACUUGUUCACAUCUCCUGCCAGAUUUGUUCGGCCAGUUAGAAAUAUUUCAAUUCCUUCCGAGGAAAGUCAGAAUAUUGAACUUAUUGGGCCAUUUGAGCAGGUUUUUAUGGAAAUAAGAUGUCCUGAUGGUGGAGAUGGUGGGAGAAGAAAUGCUUUUCCUGCAACUCAUGAAGAAAUCCACCCAACUGGAAUGCUCAGUGUGGUUGCUAAUCUUACACCUUGGUCAGAUCAUAAUCAAAGCCCACGUAAUAUGUACCAGUGUCAGAUGGCAAAACAAACAAUGGCCUUCUCUUCACAAGCAAUUAACUUUCGUGCAGAUCAAAAGCUAUACCAUCUUCAGACUCCUCAAAGUCCCAUUGUUCGCACGAGUUCAUAUACAAAGUAUGGCAUUGACGAAUACCCAUCAGGCACAAAUGCAAUUGUUGCAGUGCUAGCAUAUACAGGGUAUGACAUGGAGGAUGCCAUGAUUUUAAAUAAGUCAUCUGUGGAGCGUGGGAUGUGUCGUGGACAAAUAUACCAGACGGAAACUAUUGACUUAACUGAGCAGAGCAGCAGGUCAGAUCAUUCCCAGAAAAUAUUUCGAAGAAGUAAUGUUAAUAAGUCAAUGCAUUCUACGAUUGAUUCGGAUGGGCUGCCAUAUGUUGGUCAGACAAUACAACAAAAUCAACCCUAUUACUGCACUUAUGAUGAGGUAACAAGUACCACAAGACCCUACAACCGGAAGGGUUCUGAGCCUGUUGUUGUUGAUUAUGUUGCCCUUGAUGGGAAAAACAAGGAGCAUCCUCGAAAGGCGAAUAUACGUUUUCGACAUCCUAGAAACCCCGUCAUUGGCGAUAAAUUUAGCAGUAGACAUGGUCAGAAAGGUGUGUGCUCCCAAUUGUGGCCAGAUAUUGAUAUGCCAUUUUCUGGAGUUACAGGAAUGCGUCCAGAUUUGAUAAUUAACCCACAUGCGUUUCCAUCAAGGAUGACAAUUGCAAUGCUUUUGGAGUCUGUUGCUGCUAAGGGAGGUAGCUUACAUGGUUAUUUUGUGGAUGCGACACCAUUUACUAUUCCAGUCAAGAAAGAUAAUGGAGAUUCUAAACCAAAAACUAGUUCUCUUGAGGAAACUGACGGAAAGACCGAAUCAAAACCUAAUUCACUUGUUGAGGAGCUUGGUGAAAUGCUAAAAAUAAAGGGGUUCAAUUACCAUGGUGUGGAGGUAUUAUAUAGUGGUGUAUAUGGAACAGAGCUCACAUGUGAGAUCUUUAUUGGGCCUGUUUAUUAUCAGAGACUCCGGCACAUGGUUUCAGACAAAUAUCAGGUCCGAUCGACUGGAACUAUUGAUCAGGUCACCCGACAACCUAUCAAAGGACGAAAGCGUGGUGGUGGUAUUCGUUUUGGAGAAAUGGAACGAGACUCCAUGCUUGCACAUGGGGCGGCAUAUUUGUUGCACGAUAGGCUCCACACGUGUUCUGAUUAUCACAUUGCUGAUGUGUGUACACUAUGCGGAAGCAUCCUCGCAACGACAUCUAUCCAGCAACAAAAGCAGAUACAAAAGCCGAAGAAGUUUGGGGGGCUACCCCCGGCUAGACCACCCAAAAAGGUCAUUUGCCAUGCUUGCCAGUCGAGUAAAGGGAUGGAGACAGUUGCUAUGCCUUAUGUGUUCCGAUAUUUGGCUGCAGAGUUGGCAGCUAUGAAUAUAAAAAUGACCCUUCAGCUAAGCAAUGCUGCUGGAGCCUGACAGUUGUAGCUCAGAAAGUACAGAAUUGUGUUAAAUGGUGCCAUGAUCAAGGCUUUCUUAAAUGGUGUAUCAUUAGUUGUGCCAGAGACAGGUUUCAAUAUGUUGAAGGCGUAGGUGUUAUAUAUGAUGAUGAUGCUGAAAUCUCAAUGGCUUGAUAUAUAUUGAGUGGCCACGAGAGGGGGUCUAUUUAUCUGUAUUCUCAUACCAAGAAGAUGGAAUGCUUUUUUCAUUUUUCCAAUUUUGUGGUGUUGGUAUUUUUCUCCCCUUGUUCAGCUUAAUGCGAUUCUAAUUUAUAGAAGGGAAAGCUUUGUAAUAUAGACUGUUUAUUUUCUUCAAAUAUAAUCUGUGAGAAAAUUCAAAAGUUCU